CACACACACACACACACACACACACACACACAGCAUCCAGCUGACUGGAAACACAGAAAAGUAAAAUCAAUGAAUCUUUGUGUAAAAUUCUCCGAGUUGAUGAAUAUGAAACUGAAACAACCGAUGACUCACGUGUCAAUCAAACCCCCUCGUCCAGCAGGGAGGAAAAAUAAAACUAAAUUAUUCCUUAACAUGAGUGAAGUCGGGAUUUACAGAAGGUUAACUGUCAGUAACCCAGUGGGGUGCUGUCUGUCAUGCUUUGUGUCUGUAGGUGGCUCUCUCACUGUGUGUGUGUGACCUUGUUGCCCCCUCCUGAUUGGAUCCCGAGGGUCGACUUGGCUUUUUGAAUUCUAUUCUCAAAGUCUUAAAAUAUCAGUUGAGGCCCAAAAAACGAUCGUCCUGAAAUCCCUUCAAGCUCCUGAGGUUCUAACGUUUCGCUCGUUCUCGGUCUGAAGAAAACCUCAGGGUUCGUUGAAUCAUCAUCAUCACACCUCAGUGAUCAUUUGGUCUUGUUGGUCACGUCACAUGUUGAACCAGAGGCCUUGAAAAGCUCUUAAAUUUAAUGUCGGACUUUAGUUUGGGAUCAAUGAAACAACCGAUAAGUUUCUGCUUUUGAGUUUUGGAUCAAAUUAAACUGCCUCUCCCUGUUAAUUAGCUCCGAUUUAACAGAUGUUAGAGUUGAGUUUAAAUCAUUUCUCCAGUUUAAAUCAGUGGAUAAAGCACAAGCACAGAUCGACUGUGUAAAAUAACCUGACUAGAGGAGAGAGAGAGAGAGAGAGAGGCAGAGUGUGUUCAGGCCGAGCGAGGCGAGGAUGCAGGAAACUCGGGGGCACAACCAGGAGAUAAGAGAGGAAAGGAGCUCAGGAAACGUGGAGAUUUCCUCUGGAUGUGAGGUGUGUGUGAACUCCCCACGUUCUCUGCCAGUGAGAAUCAGAGGGAGAAGGACGCCGGCGUCGUCAGGACUCGUCUCCUCUUCGGACAAAGAGCUUUUAUUUUGUAGUUUUAGGACAUAGAUGGUGUGAGACAAAGCAGGGGACACAUUUGUCUGUGGAUUACGAUGCUGAGACGACACAAGGACUUUUAACUUUUUUAGGGUUUUCACUUGAGAAAACAGUUUUCAAGCAGUUUAUCUUUUUUUCAAAGCACCAAUAUUUCUCCUCUGUUCAUCUGCUAAACGCUUUUUGCCACCUAGUGGUCUGUGGUUGUACAGUUUUUGGCGGUCUCUGGUUAUUAGCUCCCCCCCGGUCAUGUAACCUACCACCCCGCUCGCCCUGGACCUCACCCGGUGAACCCAGUCGCCUGGACCAGUUGUUUCAGCCUCGCAGGUUUCAGUCUGUGGACUCACCUGAGGUUUCGGCCAUGCUACGUUGUGUUCUGCAGCGAGCCAACAACCUGAGGCACUCGGACCCCCUGGCCGGUGUCACCUUCAGAGGGUCCAAGAAGAAGACGAAGGUCAUCAAGAACAACUCGAAUCCCGUCUGGAACGAGGGCUUCGAGUGGGACCUGAAGGGGAUUCCUCUGGACUCUGGAGCCGAGCUGCACUGUGUCGUCAAAGACCAUGAGAAGAUGGGGAGGAACAGGUUCAUGGGAGAAUGUCGGCUCGCUCUCAGAGACGUGAUGAACUCUCCCAGCCUGGCCGCCUCUUUCACCAUCUCCCUGCUGGACACCAAGAGAAACAACACAGGGGCCACGCUGACCCUCCAGGUUUCCUACAUCCCCCCUCCAGGAUCGUUUCCCCUCUUCCAGCCUCCUUCCCAGCCUGAGGCCUAUUCCCACAACAACCCCAGCGUGGAGCUGGACACGGUCACAAUGAUUUCUCUGGACACGCUGGGCGAGGAGGACACGGAGAGUCUGAUGAUGCUGGAGCCCCCAGAGGACCAGGGGCCGGACGACGGACGGUCCAUGGUCAUCGUCGGCCCUCAGGGGCCCCCGGGCAAGGAGUCUCCCACCAACCACACGCCCAAGCGUUCGCCUCCGUCCUACAACGCCCAGGGAGGGCUGAGGAAGAGGAGGAAGGGAUCCAGCAGUCAGCACAGGCCUCUGCCCAACAAGCCUCAGGACCUGCAGGUCCGCGUGCGGGUCAUCGAGGGGCGACAGCUGCCGGGCAUCAACAUCAAGCCUGUUGUCAAGGUGACAGUCGCUGGGCAGACGAAGAGGACCCGCAUCCGAAAAGGAAACAACCCUGUGUUUGAUGAGACUUUCUUCCUGAACUUCUUUGAGACUCCAUCAGACUUGUUUGACGAACCCAUCUUCAUCACUGUGUGCGACUCUCGCUCUCUCCGAACUGACGCUGUGAUCGGUGAAUUCAAGUUGGAUGUCGGCACCGUCUACAAUGAGCACAGACACUGCUUCUUGAGGAAGUGGUUGCUGCUGUGCGACCCUGACGACCUCUCCGCGGGGGUCAAAGGUUACCUGAAGGUCAGCCUGCUCGUCCUGGCCGCCGGAGACGAGCCCCCGGCUGAUAAACGCGAGUGUGUGGAGGACAAAGAGGACAUCGAAGGAAACCUGCUGAGGCCGGCGGGUCUGUCCCUGAGAGGAGCCGCGUUCACCCUGAGGAUCUUCAGAGCCGAAGACCUGCCGCAGAUGGACGACGCCUUCAUGGACGGGAUGAAGCACAUCCUUGGGUUCGACAGCAACAGGAAGAACUUGGUGGACCCUCUGGUUGAGAUCCACUUCGCCGGCAAAACAAUCUGCACGAAGAUUCUGGAGAAGAACGCCAACCCUCAGUGGAACCAGAGUCUGGCCAUGCCCAUAAGAUUUCCCUCCAUGUGUGAGAAGAUGAGGAUCAGGAUUCUGGACUGGGACAGAGCCAGUCACAACGACGUCAUCGGCACCACCCACCUCUGUAUGUCUAAGAUCUCCGCCCCUGGAGGAGAGAUAGAUGAUGACUUGACUCCACGGACCGUCCAACCUGGCAUCGACGACAGUCUUGGUUUCCUGCCGACAUUCGGCCCGUGUUUCGUGAACCUGUACGGCAGCGCCAGAGAGUUCACCGCCUUCAGCGACCCGCACGAGAAUCUGAACCUCGGAAAAGGGGAGGGUGUGGCGUACCGAGGACGAGUUUUAGUUGAACUAACCACAAAGCUGGCGGACAAACCGGAGCAGAGAACUGAAGACAUCCCAUCAGACGACCUGCUGGUGGUGGAGAAGUUUCUCCGGAAGAGGAAGUUCUCGCUCUUUGUGGCGUUUUACUCGGCCACGCUCCUCCAGGACGUCGACGAUGCCAUCCAGUUCGAGGUCAGCAUCGGUAACUACGGCAACAAGUUCGACUACACCUGCCUCCCCCUGGCCUCCACCACCCAGUUCAGCAGGGCCGUGUUUGAUGGUUGUCACUACUACUACCUCCCGUGGGGAAACGUGAAGCCGGUGGUGGUGGUGUCUUCUGAGUGGGAGGACAUCAAACCGAGGAUCGAGGCUCUCAACAUGUUGCUGAGCAUCAUCGACAGACUGGAGGCCAGCCUGCAGCAGGUGCAGCUGGAGGUGAAGACAGGAAGUGACCUGGAGGACCUGGAGCAGCGAGUGGUGGAGCUGCUGGAUCAGGUGAUCACAGACUGCAGUGAGGAGCUGCCCUCUCUCGCCCAGUGGCAGUGUGCGACUCCACUGGACCGGUCGCUGAGGCACAUCCGCACGCUGCACCUGCAGCAGAUCGUCGCAGCCGCGCUCGCCCUCAAACACGGGCCGGCCACGGACCUGUCCACGGUGCUGGAGCAGGCGGAGGACUGGGCCAGCCGGCUGCGGACCAUGGCCGAGGAGCCUCAAAACAGCCUCCCGGACAUCGUGAUCUGGAUGCUGCAGGGCGACCGCAGGGUGGCUUAUCACCGCAUCCCGGCACACACCGUCAUCUUCUCCCAGGAGCAUUGUGGGAAACACUGCGGACAGCUGCAGACUGUCUUCCUCAAGUACCCGCAGGGCAGCGGUGCAGAGGCCAAACUUCCUGGUCAGCUGAGAGUCAAACUCUGGUUCGGUUUGGCUGCAGACGUCAAACAUUUCAACCAGUUCGCCGAAGGGAAACUGUCGGUCUUCGCUGAAACGUAUGAGAACCAGACUCGACUCGCCCUGGUGGGCAACUGGGGAACUACAGGCCUGACCUACCCCAAGUUCAGCGACGUCACAGGAAGAGUGAAGCUGCCAAAGGAGAGUUUCAAACCGUCGCCCGGCUGGACCUGGGCCGGGGACUGGUACAUCAGCCCCGAGAAGACUAUGCUGUUUGAGGCGGACGCCGGUCACAUGACCUUCUCAGAGGAAGUGUUUGAAAACCAGAUGAGGUUACCAGGCGGGCAGUGGAUCGGCAUGCCGGAGGGAUACACCGACGUGAACGGAGAGAAGGCGGUGCCAAAGGACGAUGUGGAGUGUCCUCCGGGUUGGGCGUGGGAGGAGGAGGAGUGGAGUGAGGAUCUCAACAGAGCCGUCGACGAUCAAGGCUGGGAGUACGGUAUCACCAUCCCUCCAGACCGCCGCCCCAAGUCGUGGGUGCCGGCAGAGAAGAUGUACCACACCAACCGACGCAGGCGGUGGGUUCGGAUGAGACGGCGAGACCAACAGAAGAUGGAGGCUCUCAGAAAGCAGCGUCCGGACGAGGCGGACCGCGAGCUCUGGGAGUACGCGUCGCUGUUCGGCUGGAGGUUCCACCUGAAACCCAGGAAGACGGACAGCUUCAGGCGCCGCAGGUGGAGGUGUCGCAUGGAGCCUCUGGAGAAGACGGGCCCGGCCGCCAUCUUUGCUCUGGAGUGUUCUCUGAGCAGCAUAGAGGACAAGAGCGAAGACAGGUCGAUCACGACCACGUUCGGAGUCAACAGACCCACCAUUUCCUGUUUCUUUGACAGUGGCAGCCGCUAUCACCUGCGUUGUUACCUGUACCAGGCCAGAGACCUGUUGGCCAUGGACAAGGACAGUUUCUCAGACGCGUACGCCGUCGUGUCGUACCUCCACCAGUCCCAGAGGACGGUGACGGUGAGGAACACUUUGAAUCCCAUCUGGGACCAGACGCUCAUCUUCUACGAGCUGGAGAUCUUUGGUGACCCCGAAGCCAUGAUGGCCAACCCCCCCAACGUCGUCGUGGAGCUUUACGAUCAGGAUACAUACGGUGCGGAUGAAUACAUGGGCCGCUGCGUGUGCCAGCCCACCGUGACUCCCUCCCCCCGUCUCACCUGGUUCCCAGUUCGCCAAGGGGGCAAGAACGCCGGCGAGCUGCUGGCCGCCUUCGAGCUCAUACGCAGGGAAAAGCCAUCGGUUCAUCAUAUUCCAGGUCAAGAGGGUGGAGACAUCACGACGUCCACACAUGUUCUAGACGAGUUGAUGUUCUCGGGGUUCCUCACUGAAAACCUGCAGCAAUGGCCGGAGGAGUCGGACCUUCCGUACCUGCCUCCUCAGAGAGAGCCCAACGUCUUCAUGGUUCCUCAGGGGAUCAAACCUGUUCUGCAGAGAACCGCCAUUGAGAUCUUAGCGUGGGGCGUUCGUAACCUGAAGAGCUUCCAGUUGGCCAGCGUUACCUCCCCGAGCCUGCAGGUGGAGUGUGGAGGCACCAUGGUCCAGAGCUGCGUCAUCCGCAGUGUGAAGAAGAAGCCCAACUUUGACGUCAAUAGGCUCAUCCUUGAUGUGAGACUUCCGCGCGAGGAGCUCUACAUGCCGCCGAUCGUCAUCAAGGUCAUCGACAACCGUCAGUUCGGCAGGAAGCCGGUGGUCGGCCAGUGCACCAUCCGGCUGCUGGAGGAGUUCCGGUGCGACCCGGAGGAGGAACGAGCAGCGGCGGAGGAGGAGAGUGAGCAGGACGGGUGGAGACGUGAGACGCCUCAUUCCAUCUCUGGGGAGGUUUUUGUUGACAUCGAUGAUGAGGAGCCGCUGGUGCCGGACCAGUUUGCAGAUGGAACCUGUUCAGCUAUCAUUAACCUUUCAGCCUCUAGCUCCAGCCUCCAUACGGUUCCGUGGGGGGAGGAGUUCAUGGACUGGUGGAGCAAGUUCUACGCGUCGACCGGAGAGAAAAACAAGUGCGGGACGUAUCUGGAGAAAGGCUUCGACACACUGAAGGUGUUUGAGCGGGAGCUGGAGAAGGUCGAGGGUUACGGGGGUUUGUCUGAUUUCUGUCAGACGUUCAAGUUGUUCAGAGGAAAGACUCAGGACGAAGGAGAAGAUCCGUCAGUGGUCGGAGAGUUCAAGGGCAUGUUUAAGAUCUACCCUCUGCCAGACGACCCCUCCGCCUCUGCUCCACCCAGGCAGUUCAGGAAACUUCCUCCCAACGGCAUCGAGGAGUGUUUGGUCCGAGUCUACGUCAUCGAGGCUCAGGGGCUGCAGCCCAAAGACACCAACGGGAAGUGUGACCCUUAUGUGAAGAUAACUCUGGGGAAAAAGACCGUCAACGACCACGAUAACUACAUCCCCUGUACCCUGGACCCUGUGUUCGGAAAGAUGUUUGAGUUCCCGUGCUCCCUCCCCGUGGACAAGGACCUGCGGGUGAUGGUGUACGACCACGACAUGCUGACCAAAGACGAGAAGAUCGGGGAGACGGUGAUCGACCUGGAGAACCGCUUCCUGUCCAGAUACGGAGCCCUGUGCGGCCUGCCGCAGUCCUACUGCGUGUCGGGGGUGAACCAGUGGAGAGAUCAGCUGACGCCCCGACAGCUGCUGGGUCGAGUGUGUGAGCGACGAAACCUCCGGAAACCGGUUUACCAGGACGACUGCGUCCUCUUCAGAGGAGACAGACACACGGCCGCAGACCUCGACGACAAAAAUGAGUGUAAGCGUCACCUCGGUCCACUGAAGGAGCGACUGUCGCUCCACAUCCUGAGGAAACUGGGGCUGGUACCUGAACAUGUGGAGACCCGGCCUCUGUACAACCCGUUACAACCUGACAUAGAGCAGGGGCGUCUGAUGAUGUGGGUGGACCUGUUCCCCAAGUCCCUGGGCCCCCCCGGACCGCCGUUCAACAUCACGCCACGCAAGGCUAAGAAGUUUUUCCUGCGUUGCGUCAUCUGGAACACCAGUGACGUCAUCCUGGAUGAUGUCAGCAUCAGUGGCGAGAGGAUGAGCGACAUCUACGUGAAAGGGUGGCUCGACGGUCACGAACACAUCAAGCAGAAGACCGACGUCCACUACCGCUCUCUGGGCGGAGAGGGAAACUUCAACUACAGGUUCCUGUUUCCCUUCCACUAUUUACCAGCGGAGCAGCUGUGUGUCGUGGACAAGAAGGAACAUUUCUGGAGCGUCGAUAAAGCCGAAACCAAACUGGCUCCGAAACUCACCGUCCAGAUCUGGGACAACGACAAGUUCUCCUUCGACGACUACCUCGGUCACCUGGUGUUUGAUCUGAACCACAUGCUGCGUCCGGCGAAGUCUCCGGAGAAAUGUGACCUGCAGCUGCUGCAGCAGUCGAGCGAGCGGCUGGUGUCGCUGUUCGAGCAGAAGACCGUCAAAGGCUGGUGGCCGUGCACCUGCGAGAAGAACGGCGAGAAGAUCAUCGCUGGGAAGGUGGAGAUGUCGCUGGAGGUCGUGACGGAGCAGGAGCAGGACGAGAGACCGGCGGGCCACGGCAGAGACGAACCCAACAUGAACCCACACCUGGAGGAGCCUCAGCGUCCUGAGACCUCCUUCCUGUGGUUCUCCUCCCCGUUUAAGACGCUCAGGUUCAUCCUGUGGAGACGCUUCAAGUGGUUCAUCCUACUCUUCAUCAUCUUCUUCUUCAUCAUCCUCUUCUUCGGCGUCUUCCUCUACGCCUUCCCGAACUACGCUGCGAUGAAGAUGGUGGGACCGUUCGGACCGGCCAAAGCUGCUGAGUGACGACAACGAGCCGAGCGACCUCCAGUUUCUGGAAGUUUCAUGUUCUCCUCCGUUCUUUUGUUUCUUCUUCCCAAAGUUGCGACUGAAAACUGCAGAGAUGAACUGAUGAACUCGCUCUGACCUGAUUAGAAACACUGCGAUUCACAAAUCUGACGUGUGUGUGUGUGUGUGUGUUUGUGCGUUUCACUGUCUCUGCGUCGCUGCACUUCCAUCAGAUCUCAGCAUGUGUCGCCGGCGCCCUCAGCCCGCGUCCCCGUCCUCCCUCCGCCACCGCUUUCAUCUCUCGCUUCGUCUCAUCUGCACUCACGCAGAGAAAAAGGGGAAUAAAAAGCCCGUCGCGGAAACGCCGGCGUCUUCCAAAAAAAAAAAAAGAGGAAACAGAAUCAAAGAUUGAGAUGUUGCCGCUUGAUCUUCUUACCGCCCGCUGUUUCCCAGGCGAGAGGCGAGGUCAGACCAGGCGGCGGCGGCGGCAGCGACUCGUCAUCUUCAAAAUGCUGAACUUUAUCGCUCUAAACUCAAUCGGAAGAAAAAGAAAACCCAGAGCAAGAAAAAAUAUUUCACCAAUUUCUCUCUGAAUCGUCUCUGUCCACAUCCUCCUCCUCCAUCUCCCUUCUAUCCUUCAUCCUUCUUUUCUGCUCCUCUUCUUCUUCUCUCUCCUCCUCCUCAAUCUCAUCUUCUUCUUUUUCCUCUCAUUUCUUCUCUUCUUCCUCCUCCACAUGUUCUCCUCUUGUUCCUCCUUGUCCUCCUCCACCUUAUUUCCUCCUCCCACUCCAUUUUUGCAUCCUUCUAUUUCCUUCUCCUCCACUUCUUUAUCCUCCUCUGGCUUCAUUUCUCCUCAGGCUUUCUUCAUCAUCCCAUUCUCUUCAUCCUCCCUCUCAUUUCUUCCUCCUCCUCUUCUCUCCUUCUCCUAAGUUAUCUCUUUGCUCCUCCUCUUCCCCAUCCUUCCUCUCUUCCUUUCCCACGUCCUCCUCCACCAUCUCAUUCUGUUCCUCCUCUUCUUUUUCUUUUACUUCUACCUCCUUCUUCUCUGGCCUCCGUCUCCUCCACCAUUUCGUUCUCUUACUCCUCCUUUUCUUCUUCUCCUCUACUUCUUAGUCCUCCUGCUUCAUAUUUGUUUGCUCCUGCUCUUCUCUGUCCACUCUCUCCACCUCCUCUUCUCCAUCCUCCCUCUUCCUCCUCCUCCUCUAGUCUUUCUUCACUCUCAGGGCUCAGCAGGUUAAGUCGUGGAUUUGUUCUUGUUGAUCUUGGGGUUUGAGUCGUAUUCGCACAAAGUACGUUUACAGAUAGAAGGAUGAAGUCAGACACACACACACACACACACACACACAAGCACACACACACACUCCCAUAUAGUACAGAACAGGAAGACUAAUCCAUUUGUAAUCUAUGGGAUUUCCUGAUGUCCAAGUUCAUAUGUGUGUGUGUGUGUGUGUGUGUCUGUGUGUGUCUUUUGAUCCUUUGAUCUCCCACACUGACUUAGCGAGCGAAAGCAAAACAUGGACGGACGAUAAAAAACGAACAGAGCCGUAAUUAAAAAGACAUGAAGACGAGGACGGAAAGAAAUAUUCUCCUCAGUCGUUGCUACUUAAGAAUUAUUAUCUUUUUUUUUUCUAACUUCAUCUGCUGUGGUCCUGACCAGAGUGGAAAAACUGACUCGGACCCGUUUGGUUCAUUUUUUCGGGUUUGUGUCGGCCAAUUACGAGCCAACCAGGCCCCGUAAACAAAAAGUCACAUGGCCCCACACGCAGCUCGUUUACUGGACGGAGCUUUACAGACCCGUCGUCAUGCCUCCAGCCUCUCGGCUAAUUUCACCUCCCUGGAAUUCUACGACCCAUUUGCGACACGUUAAAAAAAACAAUCUGAAUCCGAGCAGGCGUUUAGUUCAGAUUCAGUUCGUCCCAAACACGAGGAGCUAACUUGCUAUCAGAUGUCAACACGUGUCUCCUUGCACCUAUAAACUCAACUGUAAAUGUUGCUGCUGAGAAACUAAAGAAACGCUGCAUUUCACCUCGAGGAGAUCGGAAAACUGUCGGACUUCAAAUGAUUAUACAUAAAAUCUCACAGAGGUGCAUUAGUUUCUUUUGCCAAAUAUAUAUACGUUCAAUGAAGUGCUUUUUGUUUUAAGGGAUGUAGAAGAGUUUUACACAGUUAUUACGUUCGUCACAUAGCUCGUGCUCAUCGAUAUUGUUGUGCUCCGAUAAAUUUUGUAAAUAUAUCCAAAAAGAAAAUAUGAGCAAAUAAUGAAAAGAAGGAAAUUGCAUCAUGUCCGAAAGCACCAGACACCUCGCGUCAAGAAGAGAAGAUCCAUUUGUUUUUAAUUAACUCAGGAUUUUUACAUUUGAUUUCUGUCUCGUAGCUUUGCUCAUGUGAGAGCUGUAAAGAGACAAUCAUGUCAGUGGCCGUUGUCAGUGAUACUUGCUGUUGAUGGUUUUUGUUCAUAUAGUUUUUCCCACAAAGCCUCAAGAUGCCUUCACGCUGCACUGUCUUAGCACAUUGUAUUUCUUGUUCUCGUAAAUGCGACGUGCCUUUAGCUCUUAGCCUUUAGCUUCGCCGUCUGGAUGUACAGUGACACUAACUCGUACCUUAGCUUGAAUUCAAACUAAUACGGACAUGAAACAACCGAAAAUUAGCUGUUGCCUGAAAAACGUUUCAUCUGUUAGCUUCUUGAAACUAGCCACACGCCAACUCAGCGAUGUUGACGGCCUGUUGACGAUUUGUCGACGACCCCCGGGAGACACAGACUGAAUGUAUAUUCCAGACGUUACGUAUCUGACUUGUCUACAAUGAGCAAUACUGUGUGCACUGCAGUAAAUCACUAUUACCAAUUAAACUGCAUUUUUGAUCA